UUAGACCAACAGGGCCACCAUGGAGCUGCUUCUCCUGUAAUGGCGCCUGCGUCAGACACUAACAUGGCGGCCGCAGCCGUGUGCGGCGCAAACGUCAGCACCUCUACCCCAGCCGCUCAGAAACAGCCGGGGAGAGCCGGGCCGGGCGCACUGAUUGGCUGAUGGGCGGAGCGAGCCGGGCUGGAUGCUCCUGAGGAGCCAAUCAGGAGAGCGAGAGCAGGAAUUGGCCGGCUGCGCCUCUUCCCGAGGCAUGCUGGGAGCCUGGAGGACUAGCGAGGAGGAGUUGAGAGAACGGAGCGGACGCCAUGGCGGCCGACAUCGAGCAGAUUUUUAGAUCUUUCGUGGUCAGUAAAUUCCGGGAAAUCCAACAGGAGCUUUCUAGUGGAAAGAAUGAAGGCCAGCUGAAUGGUGAAACAAAUCCACCUGUUGAAGGAAACCAGGCAGGUGAUGCAGCAGCUGCCUCUGCCAGGAAUCUCCCAAAUGAAGAAAUAGUACAGAAGAUAGAAGAAGUGCUUUCUGGGGUCCUAGACACCGAACUACGAAGUAAGCCAGAAAUGAAAGAGACCUCAAGAAAAAGUAGAUGUGUGUCUGUACAAACAGAUCCUACUGAAGAAGUUCCUGCCAAAAAAUCAAAGAAGCAUAAAAAGCACAAAAACAAAAAGAAGAAAAAGAAGAAAGAAAAGGAAAAAAAAUACAAAAGACAACCAGAACAAUCUCAGUCAAAGCCGAAAUCUCAUAAUGAUGGGAACGUAGAUUUAGAGUCCGAUUCCUUUUUAAAGUUUGAUGCUGAAUCUUCAGCAGUGGCACUGGAGCCAGUGAGAGCAUUUGGCCGCUCUGAGAGCAGUGAAUCGCCAGCAGUUUUGCUAGAACCUCCUCUAGUAGCAAUGGAGGUUUCAGAGCCACACAUCUUAGAAACUUUAAAGCCAGCUACAAAAACUGCAGAACUGUCAGUUGCAUCAACAUCAGUAAUCUCAGAGCCGUCAGAGCAGCCUAUGGCAGUCAUGCUGGAACCAUCUACGUCCAAGAGUCUGGAUUCCUGUGCAACAGCGCUGCUGCCUACUAGCACAGUAGCACUGAAGUCAUCUGAGCCAGUCGCAGCAAUGUCAUUGGAGUAUCACAAGCAAUGUCUGCUGAAAUCGUUGGAGAGUGCAAGUACUGAGUCAUCCAAGAUCAUAUUGGCAGAACCUCUAGUAGCAAAAGUGCUAGAGCCAGCAGAGACCCCUGUGACAGUAUCCGAGGCACCUACUGUGGUGCACCCUGAGCCAAGCACAUCAACAGCAAUGGAUUUUCCUGAGUCAUCUGCAACUGAAAGGCUUAGAUUGCCAGAACAGCCUGCAGAAAUACCAGCAGAGAGCACAGAUUCGUCCGCGACAAGACCACAGGUGUUGCUGGAGCUGCCGAAGACCACGGCGCUGGAUCUACCGGAGUCGUCGGUGGCCUCAGCGCUGGAGUUGCCGGGGCCACCUGCGACCUCCAUGCCGGAGUUGCAGGGGCCCCCUGUGACUCCAUCGCUGGAGUUACCUGGGCCCUCUGCUACCCCGGUACCAGAGUUACCAGGGCCCCUCUCUACCCCAGUGCCUGAGUUGUCAGGGCCCCCUGUGACAUCAGUGCCUGAGUUGCCGGGGCCCUCUGUGACACCAUUGCCACAGUUGUCGCAGGAGUUGCCAGGGCUUCCAGCACCAUCUGUGGGCUUGGAGCCGCCACAGGAGGUACCAGAGCCGCCUGCGGUGGCACAGGAGCUGCCAGGGCAGCCUGCAGUGUCAUCAGCAGUAGAAUUGCCAGGGCAGCCUGCGGUAACAGUAGCAAUGGAGCUGACCGAACAACCUGUGACGACGACAGAGUUGGAGCAUCCUGUGGGGAUGACAGCGGUGGAACAUCCUGGGCAUCCUGAGGUGACAACUGCAGCAGGGUUGCUGGGGCAGCCUGAGGCAGCAAUGGUGCUGGAGUUGCCAGGACAACCAGUGGCAACAACAGCCCUUGAGUUGUCUGGGCAGGCCUCAGUGACUGGGGUGCCAGAGUUGCCGGGGCUGCCUUCGGCAACUAGGGCACUGGAGUUGUCGGGGCAGCCUGUGGCAACUGGGGCACUGGAGUUGCCUGGGCAGCUCAUGGCAACUGGGGCACUGGAGUACACGGGGCAGCCUGGGGCAGCUGGAGCACUGGAGCUUUUGGGGCAGCCUCUGGCAACAGGGGUGCUGGAGUUGCCUGGGCAGCCUGGGGCACCAGAGUUGCCUGGGCAGCCUGUGGCAACUGUGGCGCUGGAGAUCUCUGUUCAGUCCGUGGUGACAACGUCGGAGCUGUCAACGAUGACCGUGUCGCAGUCCCUGGAGGUUCCCUCGACGACAGCGCUGGAAUCCUAUAAUACGGUAGCACAGGAGCUGCCUACUACAUUAGUGGGGGAGACUUCUGUAACAGUAGGCGUGGAUCCCUUGAUGGCCCAAGAUUCCCAUAUGUUAGCUUCUAACACCAUGGAGACCCAUAUGUUAGCAUCCAACACCAUGGAAUCCCAAAUGUUAGCGUCCAAUACCAUGGACUCCCAGAUGUUAGCAUCCAACACCAUGGAUUCCCAGAUGUUAGCCACUAGCUCCAUGGACUCCCAGAUGUUAGCCACUAGCACUAUGGACUCCCAGAUGUUGGCUACUAGCACUAUGGACUCCCAGAUGUUGGCUACUAGCUCCAUGGACUCCCAGAUGUUAGCAACCAGCUCCAUGGACUCCCAGAUGCUAGCAACCAGCUCCAUGGACUCCCAGAUGUUAGCAACCAGCUCCAUGGACUCCCAGAUGUUAGCAACCAGUUCCAUGGACUCUCAGAUGUUAGCAACCAGCACCAUGGACUCCCAGAUGUUAGCAACCAGCACCAUGGACUCCCAGAUGUUAGCAACAAGCUCUAUGGAUUCCCAGAUGUUAGCAUCAGGCACUAUGGAUUCUCAGAUGUUAGCUUCAGGCACCAUGGAUGCCCAGAUGUUAGCGUCUGGUACCAUGGAUGCCCAGAUGUUAGCAUCUAGUACCCAAGACUCUGCUAUGUUGGAUUCAAAAUCUCCUGAUCCAUAUAGGUUGGCACAGGAUCCUUACAGAUUAGCUCAGGAUCCUUAUAGAUUGGGUCAUGAUCCUUAUAGGUUAGGUCAUGAAGCUUACAGGUUAGGACAGGAUCCCUACAGAUUAGGGCAUGACCCAUAUAGACUAACUCCUGAUCCCUAUAGGAUGUCACCUAGACCCUAUCGAAUUGCUCCCAGAUCCUAUAGAAUAGCACCCAGACCAUACAGGUUAGCACCUAGACCCCUCAUGUUAGCAUCUAGACGCUCUAUGAUGAUGUCCUAUGCUGCAGAACGUUCCAUGAUGUCUUCUUAUGAACGCUCUAUGAUGUCUUAUGAGCGCUCUAUGAUGUCUCCUAUGGCUGAACGCUCCAUGAUGUCAGCCUAUGAGCGCUCUAUGAUGUCAGCUUAUGAACGCUCCAUGAUGUCUCCGAUGGCUGAACGCUCCAUGAUGUCAGCUUAUGAGCGCUCCAUGAUGUCAGCUUAUGAGCGCUCCAUGAUGUCUCCGAUGGCUGAUCGAUCCAUGAUGUCCAUGAGUGCAGACCGGUCUAUGAUGUCGUCAUACUCUGCUGCUGACCGGUCUAUGAUGUCAUCGUACUCUGCAGCUGACCGAUCUAUGAUGUCAUCUUACACUGAUCGUUCAAUGAUGUCUAUGGCAGCUGAUUCUUAUGCUGAUUCUUACACUGACACAUACACAGAGGCAUAUAUGGUGCCACCUUUGCCUCCUGAAGAGCCCCCAACAAUGCCACCAUUGCCACCAGAAGAGCCACCAAUGACACCACCACUGCCUCCUGAGGAACCACCAGAGGGUACAGCAUUGCCUGCUGAGGACUCGGCAUUAGCAGCUGAAAGUACUUGGCCUACGGAAGUUCCAGCAUUGCCUCCCGAAGAGGCUGUGUCACAGCCCGAGCCGCCUGUGAGUCAGAGUGAGGUUGCUGAGUCUUCAGCAGUAUCUGCUCACUAUUCAGUGUCGGCGUCAGAGUCCUCAGUGUUGGCAUCAGAGGCUGUUAUGACUGUUCCGGAACCACCACUAGAGCCAGAGUCCUCCAUUGUGUCAACACCCAUCGAGCCUGCUGUCGUCGCAGAGCAUGAAGUUGUUCCAGAAAGACCAGUGACUGAAACUGUUAUGAUGUCAGUGGAACAGGCAGUAUCGGAGCCUCCUGUUAUUUCAGAGGCAGUAGAACACUCAGAUUCCAUGAGAGCUUUGGAGCAUGUUGCCUCAGAGUCUUCUGUGUCACUGUUGGCGCCAGCAGUGACGGCUCCAGAGCCAGAGAACAUUAUGGAGCUGCCAGCCUUGGCUGUCUCAGAGGCUGCUCCUGUGGCUGUCCAGGAGCCUCCUGCCACAGUUGUGGCUGUCCCAGAGUUGCCAGCUAAGUCUGUCCUGGAACCACCUCCUGGGGCUGAAUCAGAAUCAAUGGCUGUGACUGUCAUAGCGCCUCCAGCUGUGACUGAACCGGAGCAUGUUACCAUCCCAGUGUCAGCUUCUGUCCUGGAUCCUACUGCGCCUGUGAUGGAGUCGGCAGUGUCGGUCCUUCAACCUGCUAUGAUUGUUUCACAGCCAUCUGUUUCUGUUCAGGAAACUACUGUGACAAUUUCAGAAUCUUCUGUCACUAUUUCAGAGCAGACACAAAUUAUAUCAACUGAGAUGGUUUUGGAAUCUACACCAGUAAUAUUGGAGUCUAGUGGUAUGUCUGCACCACUUGCCGUCAAAGGAAUGCAUUUACUUUCUGGUGAUCAGAGUCUUGUUCCAGAGAUUGGCAUGCAGAAGAUGAUGACUUUGCAUUCAGGUGAACAGCCACAUGCCGAAGGACACCUGAAAAGUGACGCUUAUGCAAAUGAAUGCGGUGUAAAUUCAGACCUUAAUACAAAUAGUCAUUUAAUUAUGAAAGAGAUGGAGCAUGGUACAGUGUCUGCUGUUGACACUGUUCAUGCUAGUGAAGAGAAAAUCUUGCCCAUCAGUGAGACUGAACAAUGCACAGUAUUGGGUGCUGGAGUUACUGAAGCUGAUGUAGGAAGAACUCUGUCUAAUACUGGUCCUUUUGCUAUGGAACCUGAUGCUGUAGGAACUAGUAAGGGUGUUGACUAUGUGACACCAUGUGCUGUCAGUUCACUUAGUAAGUAUGAUGUUGAUGCACCUUUAGCUGUUCAAGACACUGAACAUGACAUGAUAAUUUCCACUAGCCCCAGUGGGGGUAGUGAAGCUGACAUAGAAGGCCCUUUGCCUGCUAAAGACAUUCAUCUUGAUUUAUCAUCUAGUAAUAUUGUUAAAGACAGGGAAGAGCAACUACCUGGGAAAGAGAGUGAGCAGGCGUUAGCUGUUGCUGGCAGUCCUAAACAAAGUAGUGGAGAAGAGAAAGAGAUUCCUCUCCCUACCAAAGACACAGCUGAUUCAGCAUUUCCUGCAACAAUUGAAGAUAUUAAUGAAGCAGAUCUAGUCAGACCUUUACUUCCCAAGGACAUGGAGCGUCUUGCCAGCCUUAGAGCUGGUAUUGAAGGACCUUUACUUGCAAGUGAAGCUGAUCGCGACAAACCUGUCAGUCCCGUUGGAAUCAGUACAGCAGAGAGAGCUUCAGAGUCCUCUUCAGAGGAGAAAGAUGACUAUGAAAUUUUUGUUAAGGUUAAGGACACACAUGAGAAAAGCAAGAAAAAUAAGAACCGAGACAAAGGUGAGAAAGAGAAGAAAAGAGACUCUUCAUUAAGAUCUCGGAGUAAGCGUUCCAAAUCUUCAGAGCAUAAAUCACGGAAGCGUACCAGUGAAUCUCGUUCUCGGGCAAGGAAGAGAUCCUCCAAGUCCAAGUCUCAUCGCUCUCAGACACGGUCACGGUCACGUUCUAGACGGAGGAGGAGAAGCAGCAGGUCCAGAUCCAAAUCUAGAGGAAGGCGAUCUGUAUCAAAAGAGAAGCGGAAAAGAUCUCCAAAGCACAGAUCAAAAUCUAGGGAAAGAAAAAGAAAAAGAUCAAGCUCCAGGGAUAACCGGAAAACAGUCAGAGCUCGAAGCCGCACCCCUAGUCGUCGGAGUCGAAGUCACACUCCGAGCCGCAGGAGGAGGUCUAGGUCUGUGGGUAGAAGGAGGAGCUUCAGUGUUUCCCCAAACCGUAGGAGCCGCACCCCCAGCCGAAGGAGCCGCACCCCCAGCCGAAGGAGCCGCACCCCCAGCCGCAGGAGCCGCACCCCCAGCCGCAGGAGCCGCACCCCCAGCCGCAGGAGCCGAACCCCUAGCCGGCGGCGAAGAUCUAGGUCUGUCGUUAGAAGACGAAGCUUCAGCAUAUCACCUGUCAGAUUAAGGCGGUCAAGAACACCUUUGAGAAGAAGGUUUAGCAGAUCUCCCAUCCGUCGUAAAAGGUCCCGGUCCUCUGAAAGAGGCAGGUCACCCAAACGUCUGACAGAUUUGGAUAAGGCUCAGUUACUUGAAAUAGCCAAAGCUAAUGCAGCUGCCAUGUGUGCUAAGGCUGGUGUUCCUUUACCGCCCAACCUAAAGCCUGCACCUCCACCUACAAUAGAAGAGAAAGUUGCUAAAAAGUCAGGAGGAGCUACUAUAGAAGAGCUAACUGAGAAAUGCAAACAAAUUGCACAAAGUAAAGAAGAUGAUGAUGUCAUAGUGAACAAACCUCACGUUUCAGAUGAAGAGGAAGAAGAACCUCCUUUUUAUCAUCAUCCCUUUAAACUCAGUGAACCCAAACCCAUUUUUUUCAAUCUGAAUAUUGCUGCAGCAAAGCCAACUCCGCCGAAAAGCCAAGUCACAUUAACAAAGGAGUUUCCUGUGUCCUCUGGAUCUCAGCAUCGAAAGAAGGAGGCUGACAGUGUGUAUGGCGAGUGGGUUCCCGUAGAGAAGAAUGGGGAAGAAAACAAAGAUGAUGAUAAUGUUUUCAGCAGCAAUUUGCCCUCAGAGCCUGUGGACAUCUCUACAGCGAUGAGUGAACGAGCACUUGCUCAGAAAAGACUAAGCGAGAAUGCAUUUGACCUUGAAGCUAUGAGCAUGUUAAAUCGAGCUCAGGAACGGAUUGAUGCCUGGGCUCAGCUGAACUCUAUCCCUGGCCAGUUCACAGGAAGUACAGGAGUCCAGGUUCUGACGCAAGAACAACUGGCCAAUACUGGUGCCCAAGCCUGGAUUAAAAAGGAGUACUGGCAGCAUAGCAGUGCUGAAAACUGGGAGGCGGCGUGGUCUAAUGGAUUGGGAAGGUUUCUUUGUCCUGCUGUACACCUGACUCCUUGUGUGAUCAUGGGCAAGUAAUUCUUUGAAAUUUCAAAGUCUCCCAAGUGCAUAGUGGAGACAAGUCCUUCCUACUGUUUUAUGGAGUGGUAAUCGAUAAUUGAUUAGGUACAUAUAGAGAUGCAGUGUGUGCCAGUGAAUGAUUAGAUCUCCGAGAAAGUGAGCUUUUUGAUGCUUUAGGCAUUUGACUCUCGUAAGUUAUCUCAGUUGUGAUAGUUUUAUUGCUGUUGAGUCUCAUUAAGACACUAGUGUGAAGCAUGAAUUCUCAUUUUGCCUGCUAAAACAUUUUAAGUACUUUAUUGUGGGUUUGUGCUGAGAAGCUUAAAAAAACCUAGUAAAAUACUCUAUUUUAAAAAUAGGAGAUUAGUGUAGUAUUUGAAAACAUGGCUCUAACUUGGUGGGAAGAAUUGUAAAUGCAUACCUAGUCAAAAUUUCCUGAAGCUUGAGAAGUCAGCAGUUUAUGAAGUUGGGAAUAAAGCUUAGGCAUGCAAAGUAGGUCCAUGGUAAAUGUAGAAAUUUUUAGGUGGGCACAUUGUUAAGUGAGUCCACCACAAAACGUUGGCCUCCAUCCGUAUCACAUGUACUUUUCCUAACAUUACAUAUCUAUAAUACUUUUGUUAUCCUGUUAAGAUCAGAGGGAAAUCCUUUCUCUGAUUUAAUUGGCUCAAAUAGUUUCCUCUGAAAUAGUUGAGUAUUAUUCUAGGCAGUUCACAAAAUUUAAAUGUGAAUGUUUAGGACAUAGUGGUUUUAUUGGUUUUGUCUUUAUGUUUCUCAUAGAUUCCUUCGGAGAGUAGAUAUUUUGAUAAAAAGUGCAUUCAUGUAGAAUUAUGAUAUGAAAGGUUACUUGCCAAAGGAUUUUUAAAAAAUGAGUCAGAAUAUUUUCAGUGGACAAUUGAAGAUUUACCUAACAUACGGUCUUCCGACUAAAUUUUGUGUUUAGAAAACUUGCUCAGUCAUUUGGCUUCUUUCUUGCUUACUGUUUUUCAGUCCAGAAAAAUAACAACAAUCCUUGAAAUUUUUUUUUGUCGUCAUUUUAGAGGAAAAAAAUUAGUUUAAUCGAUAUUCUCAUCCAUCAGUAAAAUUUUUUAGGUGCUUUUUGAUUUGGUUUUUAAAGAACCUCUGCUUUCUGGAAUUGAAUGGUCUGGACAUGACCUGAUCAAUAACAUUAUUGUGGUCUGAUUAGAUUAGUCAGCUUUGAUUGUUUAACUGCAUACACACUUGGAUAAACCCUGAAGCUACCAGAGAACGGAAGCAUAACUGGAAAACUGGGGGAGCUGGGGGUUUAUAUUGUACUCUGCACAGUUGCCCUUUUUUUUAGGAGUGUAUCCUGGAAAAGAGGGGCGGAUGAACCUGGAAGUAAGUAAAAGUCAUUCUAGGCGUGUAGCAUCAAGGCAGUUGAUUACCCAAGCAUCAGCUAACUUUUAUCUUGAUACAUCCACACUGCAUGGCCUGCACCAAAUAAGGAACUGAACCAGGGGUAUGUUUUACCUCUACAGCUGCCUCCUUCCAUCAGAGCACCUUUUUAAACUUAAUGUCUAGUCACAAGCCAUUGGCAUGUUUUCUG